CGUAGCAACAAGUAUAUAUAGUAAGCGCGUCGGUUUGCAAGGAUCAAAAGUCGUUAAAACUAUCGAGAAAAGCAAAUAUUCAGCGCUGCGAAUAAAGGAGGAAAUACACUAGUAUUUUACCGCUGUUCUGUGCUAAGAUCGGCAAUGAGUGUGUCGCUACGAGCGCCCGAUUUCUCGAAGGGAAAGAGCGGUCGACCGAAAAGGCGGGAACUUGGUGAGGAACAAAAACAAGAAAUACGCGAGGCUUUCGAUUUGUUUGAUACGGAUAAAGACAAGUCGAUUGAUUACCACGAGUUGAAGGUGGCGAUGAGGGCUCUUGGUUUUGAAGUGAAAAAGGCUGAUGUUUUAAAAGUCAUGAAAGAAUAUGACAAAGAAGCGACUGGAAAGAUCACAUUUGAUGAUUUUUAUGAAGUCAUGACAGAUUGGAUGCUUGCUAGAGAUCCCCAAGAGGAAAUUUUUAAGGCAUUUAGACUAUUUGAUGAUGAUGACAGUGGAAAAAUAAGUUUACGUAACCUUCGUCGUGUAGCAAGAGAACUUGGUGAAACAAUGACGGACGAAGAAUUGCGAGCAAUGAUUGAUGAAUUUGACAAGGAUGGAGAUGGUGAAAUAAAUGAAGAAGAAUUCAUAGCCAUAAUGACCGGAGAUACAUGAUCAAGUUUCAGAAAGAAAGAUCACCUCUCAUGACAAGAGUGUUGCCUUU